GUCUCGCUGUCUGACAUGUUCGAUGAGAUCCUCCAAGAGAAUAACCCAUUUGCAAGACAGAGGACAAGCUCAACCGCUCAACAGUUAGAUGGUUAUCUCUCAGAAGUCCCCAUCCCCAGGAGCAAUAACCCUCUCGAAUUUUGGAGGACCAAUCAAGGCCGCUUUCCCGACCUGGCGCAGAUGGCACGCAGGUACUUGUCUGCUCCAUGCACAAGCACCGACAGCGAGAGACUGUUUAGUGCUGCAUCUCAUGUCAUCGAUGAGAAGAGGAACCGACUUUCAUGUGAGAAAGCAGAGAAGCUACUUUUCAUAAAGAAGAACCUGCCACUUUUCCUGAAGAAGUAGGCUAAGUAGGCUUAUGUCUAGAACAGUUAUUCAUUUGUUGUGGGUUCAUCCAC